UGAACAUAUCUGAUCUGAUGAUGUUUGUGUGCCUUAAUCAUCAUCAUCAUAAUCAUAAUCAUAAUAGUUGUAUAUUGUAUUCUUCCUAAUGUAAAUGUGUAAAUUCAGUAUUCAACUACAACAUAUCAAAUGAAUGACUAUUAAUAAUAUUCUAUUUCACAUCAUAUCAAAUCAUAUUCGAAAUCGAAAAUUCUCUCGCCACCGAUCGAAAAAUGACAACCAACGAAUCAGAUUCGAAUAAAUUCCAAAUGAAUCCAACGAUUUUGAAUAGCAAGAAUGGCAAUGUGAAUAAAGAAUUGGAACAUAUCAUUCAUCGUCUAGAACAGGGAGCAACAUUGACACAUUUCAAGCGUAAAUGUCCCAAAAUUGAGCGAAAAUAUUUCCGUGUACGGUUGGAUACACGUCAGUUGAUGUGGUUUGCUUUGGCAUCCAAUCAAAAUGGUCCAUCGUCCAUGAUUCGAGGAAUUUUAGACCUUCGAGAAAUUAAAGAAAUUCGACUUGGUCUAGGAAAAACAUCUGAUAUGGAUCAAUGGAUUCUUGAUACAACAACAAAUGGCAUCUUCAUAAACGAUGCUGGUACUGAUCUGGUAAGGAAAUGGGAACGAAAUCAAUGUUUUAUCGUUUAUUAUGGAGCUGGCUUCAAUCUGAAAACAUUAACAUGUGCUGCAUCAUCAUCGACCGAAUGUGAACAAUGGAUUCGUGGCCUUCGAUUUUUGACGCAAGAUUCAUUGAACGCUCCACAUGAACAACAGAUGGAUGUCUGGCUACGUAAAGAGAUCAGUAAUGUUGACGGUGAUCUAACAUCAUGUGAUGAAAUCAAAAUGAAAGAUCUGAAAUCAUUUCUACAUCGAAAUAGCUAUAAAAUAUCGACACAACAGUUGAAGAAAUUCUUCCUUGAACUGGAUAUCAAUCGAUCAGGGUCAUUAUCGUGGCGAAAAUUUCGUCAGGCAUUCUAUGAACGUUUAUUAUUCGAUGAUAGAAUCCUGGUCGAAUUGUUUCUCGAUUAUUUUGACCAUGAUGACGAGACACAGAAAGAUGUAGAUUUAAUUGAUUCACGAAUCACCGAUCGUAAUCUAUAUCGGUUUUUAAUGGAUGAGCAACACGAGAAUAGUGCCUCUUCAUCCGAUGCUCACAAUGAUAAUGAUAAUGAGAACCUAUGUCCAUCAUUGAUUACCAGAUUAUUGCGGUCAUAUUUCUAUGCAAACAAUUCACGUUUGCAAAUCCAACCACCAUAUCUGAAUGCACAAGAAUUCAUUAGUUUUCUAUUCUGCAAAACAAAUGAAUUAUGGGAACAACAAACAAAUUCAACUGUCACUAAUGACAUGGAUCGGCCAUUGACGCAUUAUUGGAUAGCAUCAUCACACAAUACAUAUCUUACUGGUGAUCAAGUACGAUCAGAAAGUUCGGUUGAUUGUUAUGCUCGUGCAUUACGCAUGGGUUGUCGAUGUAUUGAAAUCGAUUGUUGGGAUGGUCCCGAUGGUAAACCUGUGAUAUAUCAUGGCCAUACAUUGACAUCGAAAAUCAAUUUCAUUGAUGUGAUACGGACCAUCAAUGAACAUGCAUUCAUCACGAAUGAAUAUCCAAUCAUAUUAUCGGUGGAAAAUCAUUGUUCAUUGCCACAGCAACGUUAUAUGGCCAAUAUUUUUUGCGAGAUAUUCGGCCAUAAUCUGCUUUCGAAACCAUUGGACAAAAAUGACCGUGAAAUGCCCUCACCGAAUCAAUUGAAACGAAAGAUUAUUAUUAAACAUAAAAAAUUGCCAGAAUCAACAGUUUCAAAUCAGGAUACCAUUGAAACUGUCACCGAAAAUAUCGAUUUCGAUCCGGCAAAUUCAAUCAAAAGUGGUCGAAUUUAUCUGGAAUGUGACGGUCUAGCUGAUGAAACAAAAGAAUGGCGACCAUUCUAUUUGAUGCUUACACAGACAAAUGUGCUACAUUAUUUCGAAGAGAAUCCAAUGAAUAGUAGUGAUCACGUUACCACUGGAAAUCUGAUUGAUUUGAAUUUUGGCGAUGAUGAUGAUGACGAUGAUGAGCAACCAUUACUGCGUAAAGAUCAUCAUGAACAUUACGAUUAUUUAGCCGCAUUCAGUGGUCAAAAUAAUCAUGGUUAUGCUGUACAACUCACGGUGGCCAAAAUGAAAUCAUUCUCUGUGGAUGAAUUACAUUUUGAUGAACCAUGGUUCCAUGGCCGUUUACCUGGUGGCCGUCAACAGGCUGAACAAUUAAUCCAUGAUAUUCCGGCUAAAGUGGACGGAUUAUUUUUAGUGCGUGAUUCCAGCACUUUUAUCGGUGAUUAUACACUAUCGUUAUGGUAUAAUGGCAAAGUGCAUCAUUGUCGUAUCAAAGAGAAACGUUUUGCACAAGGAAAAGUUAAAUAUUAUCUUAUCGAUUCGGUCAUGUUUGAAACACUCUACUAUCUGGUCACUUAUUAUCAAUCGAAUCCAUUGAAAUCGCCAGAAAUGACCGUACUGUUAUCGGAACCUGUCCCGCCUUGCAUUUACUGUGAUGACAAAGAAUGGUUUAAUCCACAAGUUUGUAAAGAUCGUGCUGAAGAUCUCUUACGUCGUGUAUGGUUUGAUGGUGCAUUUCUUGUACGUCGCAGUGAACAAGAAGAUCGAUGUUUUUCCAUAUCGUUUCGUGCUGAAGGUAAAAUCAAACAUUGUCGUAUACGUCGUGAAGGUCGAUUAUUUGUUAUUCAUCAGAAGAAAUUCGAAACACUUAACCAUUUGAUUGCCUAUUAUCAUCGAACACCGUUGUAUAAGAAUACGAUGUUGAGAAAAGCAAUCAAUCCGGAGAUUGUGACCAAAAUCGGUCAUGAACCCUGUGAAACGGACAUUGGCUAUUUGGAUACAUUCCAAACAACCAUUCCUCGUGAUGACAUUCAAAAUCGCUCAUUUAUGGUCAAAGCUCUUUAUGAUUAUCGAGCCCAACGAUUUGAUGAAUUAUCGUUUUGUAAACAUGCAAUCAUAACCAAUGUCGUUAAACAUGAAAGUGGUUGGUGGCGUGGUGACUAUGGUGGCAAAAAACAGCAUUGGUUUCCGGCCAAUUUCGUACAGGAAAUUAUUCAAUGUUCUAAUUAUGAUGAUGGUGGUGGUGGUGAUAUAUCAAUAACUCACCAUGAUAAUAAUGGUAAUGAUCAGCUACAACAACAACAACAACAACCACAACUGAUGACAAAAGGAUCAGUAAACAUGACCGGUGCAACUAUAACAAUGAUUAGAUCAACAACGAUUUCAAAUGCUUUUCAAAUCGAUUUUUGUCGAUCGUCCACCAGAAAUCAGCUCCCAUAUCUCCGAAUCGGUAGUGAUAGUCGAGAGGAAUUACAAGAUUGGAUUGUAAAAUUACAAGAAGCUUCUUCGGCUACCACCGAUGACCUGAUAAUGAAACGUAGAUCGAAUGAUUAUGUGAUUGAGAAAAAUUUCCGUAUUGCUCAUGAAUUAUCCGAUUUGAUCAUAUAUUGUCGAGCUGUGCCAUUUGUGCCUGAACGUAUGGGAAAUUGCACCGAAAUGAGUUCAUUAUCGGAAACGAAAAUUGAAAAAUGGCUAGCAACAAACAUGUGCAAAUUGCUUAUCGGUUAUAAUAUAAAUCAAUUUACACGUGUUUAUCCAAAAGGUAGCCGUAUUGAUUCAUCGAAUUAUGAUCCAAUCAAGUUAUGGAAUUGUUCCGUACAAUUGGCCGCCCUUAACUAUCAGACACCAGAUCGUGCAAUGCAAUUGAAUCAGGCAAAAUUUCAAUUAAUGAACGGUGCAUGUGGUUAUAUUCUACGGCCGCAAUUCAUGUUUGAUCCGACAUUCACUCCAUAUGAUCCAAAUUGUCUGGCAAAAUUAGCUGUCGAUACAUGGAUCGUGGCCGUUCGUGUGAUCUGUGGUCGUCAUCUAACGAAAUCUCGUGGUCGUGGUGGUGUUAUAAGUCCAUUUGUUGAAGUGGAGAUUAUCGGCACUGAAUAUGAUUCAACUAAAUGCAAAACAGUCACCAUAAAUGAUAAUGGCUUGAAUCCAUAUUGGAAUCAAUCGUUUGUCUUGUCUGUUCGUUGUCCACAAUUAGCUUUCAUACGAUUCAUCGUAUGUGAUGAGGAUGUAUUUGGUGAGCCCACACAAAUUGGUCAUGGAACCUAUCCAUUGAUGGCCAUUCGACAAGGUUUUCGCUGUAUGCGAUUGAAAAAUGAACACUCGGAAGAAUUAGAAAUGGCUGCCAUUCUAGUGCAUAUCAAAAUCGAUAUACUAGCCACUGGUAACAAUAAUCAUAAAAAGGACCGUCCAUCGACUAAUCGUAAAUAAAUGAUAAAUGAUUUAUAUUUUUGUUUUGCUGGUUUUGUUCAUUUUUUGUAUAUUCGAUUCAUGAUGAAAAAUAAACAUCAACCUGUGUUGUAAACUGGAA